CUACCUAGCAGCGGGCCACAUUGACUGCAAUAGACCGGCCUACUGCUUCCUUCCUCCUCGAGAAUGCCGUUCGCUUGCUCCUCGGUUGCUCGUGCGUGAGGCGGCGAGAGAUGCUGGGGGAGGAGGAGAUGGGGGAUUUGAGCGACAUCGUCGUCUCCUGGUCGGUCCAGGAGAUCAUCGACGACGACCUCUACAGAGGGCAGGUUGAGACUAUUCCCUGCACCUUCACGUCACUUGAUCACUAUUUAAAAUCGUAUCGUGCACCUCUGCUUGAAGAGACAAGGUCAGAUCUAGGCUCAUGCCUUGAACUCAUCGCGGAAGCACCCUAUUCGAGAAUACUUUCUGUGGAGGCAGCAGGGAAAUCAGGAUUGUACUCCGUGGAUGUGGAUUUCAUGGACAAUGGGGCCGAUUCUUCUACCGAGUCUUAUACUGCAAGGAACGGCGACAUAUUUAUCUUGUCUAACAUGAAACCUGAAGCUGCAACGGACUUCAGCCGCUAUGGUGUGAUCUAUUGCUUGGCAAUGGUUACUGAGGUUUCUGUGGACAAUGACUGCCGCAAGGGGUUUAAAAUUAAGGUUCCAAAGGACAUUGAUUUGGAGCAAGACUCAAGUAAACUCAAGCACGCACUAUUUCUCAGUAACAUCAUGACAAACAUGUGGAUAUGGAAAGCACUUUGCUUUGAUACACACAUGGAUAACAACUUCACAGUUAUCAAGUCUCUGUUAGCUCCCACAAAUCUGGGUGAUGAUGUCUGUGGUAUCUGUGCUAAACAGGAUGGGGACUGUUUAUCUUCUUUUAUAGAGCAACUACUGUCCAUAAGUCUUAACCAACCACAAGUGGAUGCUAUUCGAUCUGUCAUCUUGGCUGUACAAUGUAAGCAUAUGAACCUCAUGAAGCUCAUAUGGGGUCCACCAGGUGCAGGAAAGACCAAGAUGGUUAGUGCUUUAUUGUGGGCAUUGGCUUGUUUGAAAUGCAGAACUCUAACAUGUGCUCCCACAAAUGUUGCUGUCACUGGGGUUUGCACUCAUUUCCUUCGGAUCUUGAAGGAUUUCGGUGAACAUAUUGAUGAAAAGGGCCUGCCCACUUCUCUUGGAGAUGUCUUGCUAUUUGGGAACAAGUAUAACAUGGACAUCACUGAGGAUCUCCAGGAAGUUUUCUUGGAUUUUCGUGUGGAAGAACUUGUUCGGUGCUUUUCACCAUUGUCUGGAUGGAAGUACAGAUUAGCUUCAAUGGUAUCCUUUUUUGAAGACUGUGGUUCUGGUUCUCAGUAUGAUAUGCUUUUUGAGGAUAACGGAAGUAGUGAUCACAUGUGCUUUUCGGACUUUCUAAAGAAGCAAUUUGAUGUUACAGCAAAAGCUCUUUCAAGAUGCAUAAUGAAUUUGUGGAUUCACCUUCCUGGAAGUUGCUUCUCAUGUGAUAAUGUCAGCAGUAUAUCUAAAUUGUUUAAUAUUCUGAAAAAAAUCGAUGCCCUUCUGUGCGAUGUAAAUUUAACUGAUGAGAGCUUAAAAAGAGGCCUUGGUGGAUUUUCAACUGAAAACUCUGUUUUCGUGCAGCCUAUUCCUUUUAUUGAGAAGGAACUAGAUGGAGCAAGGUCUGCAUGCCUUAAAUUGCUGAAGGAUCUUCAAAAAUCACUUACUUUACCAAGUGGUGUAAACAGAAAAUGGGUCCAAAGAUACUGCAUGCAUAAUGCAACACUUAUUUUCUGUACUACCUCUAGCUCUUAUAGAUUACAUAACAUGGAUAUCGCACCCUUGGAUGUGCUAAUUGUUGAUGAGGCUGCUCAAGUGUGGGAGUGUGAGUUGGUCAUCCCACUACGUCUGCAUUCAAUGAAACAUGUUGUUUUGGUAGGAGAUGACUGCCAGCUGAGUGCAAUGGUUAAAAGCCAAGUAUGCAAAGAAGCUGGAUUUGGAACAAGUCUUUUCCAGAGAUUGGUUAUGCUGAACUUUGAGAAGUAUUUAUUGAAUAUACAGUAUCGCAUGGAUCCUUGUAUCAGCUUAUUUCCAGUUGCUCAGUUCUAUAAGAGGAAAAUUGUUGAUGGUCCAAAUGUCUCGUCUCCUCUCUAUAAUAAGGCAUACACAAGCCUCCCUUUUGGCAGCUACACUUUUAUAAACGUAGUUGAUGGAAGAGAGGACAAAGAGGGCACUAGAAACAGUUGGAGGAACAUGGUUGAAGUUGCUGUAGUUCUGCACCUGAUCCAAACCAUCUUUAAAUCUUGGGAAAGAUCGGGCCAAGGGCUUAGCAUCGGUGUGGUCUCUCCAUAUAGUUCUCAAGUUGAUGAAAUUAAACAUAGGCUGGGCAAAAAGUAUGAUACAUGUGAUGGGUUUUGUGUGCGGAUCAAGUCCAUUGAUGGUUUCCAAGGCCAAGAGGAUGAUGUAAUCAUACUAUCGACUGUUAGAUCCAAUGGGAGAGGAGCUGUUGGAUUUCUUGCUGAUAACCAGAGAACAAAUGUUGCUCUGACUAGAGCAAGGCACUGUCUUUGGAUUGUUGGGAAUGCCAAUACAUUGUGUAAAAGUGGGACUGUCUGGACAGAUAUUGUUGAGGAUGCCAGAAGGCGUAACUGUGUUUUCAACGCCACUAAUGAUGCAACCAUGAGUAAUUUGAUUUUGCAAGUAAAGCAAGAUCUUGAUGAACUUGAUGAUCUUCUCAAUGCCGAUUCAGCGUUUUUCAGAAAUACCAGAUGGAAGGUCAUUCUCAGCAACAAGUUCAGAAAGUCUUUCACCGAACUAAAAUCACGGCAGCUGAGGAGGGAAGUACUCCAAAAGCUUGUCAAACUUGGUGCUGGUUGGAGGACGACAUUUAAGAACGUUGGUGUAUGUGACACUUUCCAGCUUGCGAAAGUAUGGAAGGUCAGGGACCUUUAUCUUGUUUGGAGUACUGACGUGGAGAAAAGCGAGAGAAGGUAUAUCCAGAUAAUAAGAAUCUGGGAUCUACUGUCACACCAACAUCUUGCAAGAACUGUUCAACGUCUUGAAAAUCUGUUUUCCAUAUACACAGAUGAUUACUUGGAUCACUGUAGAAGAGUGCAGACAUGUGGGAAAUUGGAGGUUCCUCUGAUUUGGGAUGUUGAGCAUGAUCUUGUUCGUUAUAAGAAGGAUUGCACAGUCGAUGCUAAAAAAGAUCAUGAUCUCAUGGAUAAAGCAUAUGCUAUGGAGAAUUCAGAAGUUACUGAAAGCUUCUUGCUGAUGAAGUUCUACUCUUUAUCAUCUGGAAUGGCAAAACAUCUGCUGACUGCUACUGAUGGGUCUCAAAUCAAUAUCCCAUUUGAACUUACUGAUGAAGAGGAGGCGAUAAUCCGAUUUCCGCACACUAGUUUUAUACUUGGGAGGUCAGGAACUGGGAAAACCACUAUAUUGACAAUGAAACUGAUUCAAGUUGAACAGUGGUCAUUAAUUGCAUCCCAGGGUCUAAAUGUGGCCCAAAUUGAUUUACCUGGGGCUGAUGAUAAAAAUAUCAUGCCAUUGAAGGACACAAGCAAACGAGAAAGAUUUUUAAAACAAGUCUUUAUCACUGUAAGCCCAAUGCUAUGUUCAGCUAUAAAGAAUCACAUUUCCAGACUUAAAAGAUUUGGCUCAGGUGAUGUGUCUGAUCAGCCUAGCAUUCUUCAUAUGCAUGACGUCAUUGAUGACCUAGAAGAAUUUGCAGAACUACCUGACAAAUUUGGUGAUCUACCUUGCGAGUACUAUCCUCUUACUAUAACAUAUCGCAAGUUCUUGAUGAUGCUUGAUGGAACAUGCCGGACAUCAUUUUUUGAUGGGUUUUAUACUGAUUUAAAGUCUAGCAUUGAGGGAGGUUCAAAGUCUCUUGCACUGCAAACCUUUAUUGAGUUGAAGGAAGUUACCUAUGAGAAAUUUGUUUCUUCCUAUUGGCCUCAUUUUAAUACAGAACUGACCAAGAAACUUGAUGCUUCCACCGUCUUUACUGAAAUAAUUUCUCAUAUAAAGGGUGGAUAUCAAGCAAGCAGGCCUUCUAGUGGAGGCAAACUUGAAAGGCAGGAUUACUUGAAACUCUCUGCUAGAAGAUCCUCGUCUCUGAACAGUGAGAAGAGAUGCAUGAUUUAUGAUAUUUUCCUUGAUUACGAGAGUAUGAAGUGCACUGCCAGAGAAUUUGAUUUGUCAGAUUUUGUCAAUAGUCUUCACAACAGUCUAAUUUCUGAGGGCUACAAUGGUGAUAUGGUAGAUUUUGUUUACAUAGAUGAGGUGCAGGAUUUUACUAUGGCACAAAUAGCACUUCUUAAGUAUGUCUGCCGGAACUUCAAGGAAGGUUUCGUUUUUGCUGGUGACACUGCACAGACAAUUGCAAAGGGUGUUGACUUUAGGUUUGAAGAUAUUCGCUUGCUCUUUUAUACCACAUUCCUCUCGGAUACUGGAGUAUGUAAUCAAGGAACUGAACAUGGAAAACAAGUUCAUCUCUCAGAUAUGUUCCAACUUACUCAAAAUUUUCGGACACAUUGUGGUGUCCUUCGUAUGGCUCAAAGUAUCAUGAACCUUCUGUACUUCUUUUUCCCAUCAAGUGUUGACAAGCUCAAUCCAGAGAGUGGGCUUGUACAUGGAGAAGCUCCAACGCUGCUGCAGUCUGGUAACAGUGAGAAUGCAAUUAUGACUAUUUUUGGAGAAAACAAAAGUGAACAUAGUAACCUGCAUGGGUUUGGUGCUGAGCAAGUCAUAUUGGUUCGUGAUGACAUUACUAAAAAACGAGUUGUUGAUCUUGUUGGCAAACAGGCUCUUGUUUUGACUAUUGUUGAAUGUAAGGGCCUUGAGUUCCAGGACGUCCUAUUAUACAACUUUUUCAGUUCAUCACCUUUAAGGAAUAAAUGGAGAGUUGUAUAUGGCUGCAUGAAAGAGAAAGAUAUUAUACCAUCAUCUGAGAAGAUCUCUUAUCCGGGUUUUGACAGAACCAAGCAUUAUCUUCUCUGUUCAGAGCUCAAGCAACUCUACGUUGCAGUCACAAGAACUAGGCAAAGACUGUGGAUAUGUGAGAACGCUGAUGAUUAUUGUCGACCAAUGUUCGACUACUGGAAGAAGCUGUGUCUUGUACAAGUUAGAUUGCUUGAUUCUUCCUUUGUUCAAGCAAUGCAGACCAGAAGCAGCUCUUAUGAUUGGAGACUACAAGGCAUCAAGUUAUUCAAUGAGCGGCAAUUUGAGAUGGCUACAAUGUGUUUCGAAAAGGCUGGUGACACAUACAGAGAGAAGUGGGCAAGAGCUGCCGGACUUUUAGCUACAGCUGACCGUGUCAUGUCCACAAAUUUGGAGACGGGUCAGUCUUCAUUGAAAAAAGCAUCAGAGAUAUACGAGUCUAUUGGCAUGCAUGAGAAAGCUGCCAGCUGCUAUAUCAGAGUAGGUGACUACGAAAGAGAAGGUAAUCUCCUUCAAUCUGCAAGUAUAGCAAAACAUAAAGGGAAUGUUUUACCAGAGGUUGAUAUGUUUGACAAGGCAGAAUCUGGUGGCAUCUUUCAUAUGGCUCGAAGUAUCAGGAGCCUUUUGCACUUCUUUUUCCCAUCAAAUGUUGACAAGCUUGGUUCAGAGACUGGGCUUGAACAUGGAGAAACUCCUGUGCUGCUGGAGUCUGGUAAUGAUGAAAAUGCAAUUAUGAAUAUUUUUGAAGUGAACAAAAGUAAACAUGGUGGCCUGCAUGGGUUUGGUGCUGAGCAAGUCGUAUUAGUUCGUGAUGUUGCUACCAAAAAAUAUAUUGUUGACCUUGUUGGUAAACAGGCUCUUGUUUUGACUAUUGUUGAAUGUAAUGGCCUUGAAUUCCAGGACGUGCUGUUAUAUAACUUUUUCAGUUCAUCUCCUUUAAGAAACAAAUGGAGGUUUGUGUAUGACUACAUGAGAGAAAAAGAUAUUAUAGCAUCAUCUGAAGAGAUCUCUCAUCUGGGUUCGGGCAGAAGCAAGCCUUAUCUUCUCUGUUCGGAGCUGAAACUGCUCUAUGUUGCAAUCACAAGAAGUAGGCAAAGACUAUGGAUAUGCGAGGAUACAAAUGAUUACAGUCGACCAAUAUUUGACUACUGGAAGAAGUUGCGUCUUGUAGAAGUCAGAUUACUUGAUUCUUCUCUCAUUCAAAAAAUGCAGACAGGAAGCAGCACUGAUGAUUGGGGGCUACAGGGCACCAAGUUAUUCAAUAAAGGGAAAUUUGAGAUGGCUACAAUGUGUUUCGAGAAGGCUGGUGAUAUACACAGAGAGAAAUUGGCAAGAGCUACUGGACUUGAAGCAACGGCUGACCGUGUCAUUUCCUCAAAUUUAGAGAUUGGCCAAGCUUUAUUGCAAAAUGCCUCGGAUAUUUAUGAGUCUAUUGGCUUGUAUGAUAAAGUUGCCACUUGCUAUAUUAAACUGGGUGACUACGAAGCAGCAGGAAUGGUCUAUAUGCAAAAAUGUGGUACUUCCAGGCUGGAGGAUGCUGGUGACUGUUAUGCUGUGACUGAAUGCUGGUUACAGGCAGCUGAAGCUUACUUUAAAGCUAAAUGUUAUGCCAAGUGUUUCUCCACGUGCCUGAAGGGAAAACUAUUCAUUUUGGGAUUGCAGUUCCUACAAUGGUUGAAGGUGGAAGACGAAUGUUUGGUCGAGAAUUCGAAGUCUGUCGAGCUUUCUGCAAUUAGAAAGAUGUAUCUAGAAAAUUGUGCCCAACACUAUUUUGAGCGUGGAGACAUCAAGAACAUGAUGCCAUUUGUUAAGAGUUUUAGUUCUAUGGAUCAUGUUCGGGCAUAUUUGUACUCUAGGAAUCUCGGUGAUGAACUGCUGAACUUAGAGAUGGAAAUGGGUAAAUUCCUUGAAGCUGCAGGAAUAGAAAAGAGUGGAGCUGAUAUCUUGGGAGAGGCAGACUUGCUUGAGAUGACAGGUUACUUUGAGGAUGCUACACAGCUUGUUCUCCACACUGUCGUCUUCAGAUCUUUGUGGUAUGCAAAGAGUAUGAAGUGGUGGCCUCCUCACAGAACUGCUGAGAAGGAACAAUUUCGUGCAAAAGCCAAUGAUAUGGCCAAGGAAGUCAGUGCUUGCUGCUUCUGCAUUGAUAACUUCGGAGCAUGUACACUGAAAUGUGUGCCUAAAUCUCUUCCCAUUUUAACUUGUGCCUUCCUCGUGGGCAGAACAUGUGGGAACUUGUUAGUAGAACUUGUUGCUGCCCGUUUGGUUCUUGAUGUUCAUCUCCAGUCCGAAGCUUCUCGAUACAAUUUGGGAUUAGCGCAAGGAUCGGAAGAGGAAAGGUGUUGUAAUGCUAUGCUGGCUUCUGACCAGAUAUCACCUGAAACUAUGUUGUAUGUCUGGAACCAUUGGAGGUCAAUCAUAGUUAACAUACUAUCUCAUCUUCGUCACUCCGAUGGCCAAGAAUCAAAUGAUUGUGCAGUUACGUAUGAUGAUCUUUGUGCUAGAUACUUCGGGUUGAGAAAAGAUGGCGACAAUGACCGAUAUGUGGUGGUUCUAAACAUGAAUUUAAGUUGGUUUUCUAAUCUAGAUAGAAGCUCUUGGCAGCAAGAUGGCAACAGAUGUUGGCUGGAUUCUGUCCAGUUUCAUUCAUUUGUUCAGAAUUUCUGGAUGAAUGAGCUAUCUUCAAUUAGUUUGACUGUACUCAAUAAGUUAUCCUGCGUUCAAUUUUCUCCAGAGCAGGCAUCUUCAUACGCCCUUGGGAGAAUUAUCCUUAUUAUGUAUGAAAUUGCAAUGUUUCUGAAGGAGCCAGAGUUUGGUAUGCCGAAAAGUACCGAGUUGAGGAGCUUCUUCACUCUGUGCGAGAGGCGCUUCAUUGAGUUUGUUUCUCAUGUUUGGAGGGAUGGGACAGUGAAGCCCCUCUUGUGUAUGCUUGAGUUACCAACUGCAUAUGGUCUGAUUACUGAUUCUCUUGGCACAUAUCUCAGGCCAACAAAUAAGAAACUGACUCAUGGGCAUCUUGGGAGAGUUACCAUGUUUCUGCUACAUGUAGGACAGUGUACAUCACGGCAGUCAGAUGAUAUGCUGUUUUCAAGUCUUCUGCAGUACCUGGACAAAGGAUCCGAGUGGGCAAACUUUUUUCAGUCUUUAAAGAUAUUUAUUUGUGCUGGUGGUUUUUUUGGCAGAUCCCCCUUGAUCUUGAACUUUAAGCUUGCCCUUGAAUUUACGUUCAAUGCAAACUGGAUGGCUGAGCCGGACUACAUAUCCCCAACAUGCUAUGUGGAUCUCAUAGAGUUCCUUUGCUUCUUCGCUUCGUCAUAUUCUUUACCGAUUGGUUGUGUGUUUAGCACAAAAUCUAUUCUAGUCAAGGUGCUAAAGUGCUGUACCAGCACAACAUACCUCUUUAAGUUUCCUAGCACAGAUUUGGUUCCGGACCAUAUACCAUUGUCAGCAGGUCGUUUCAUAUUUCAGUCAGUCAGGAAACUCUUGUCAAACAAGCGUAUAAUCCAAGAGUGGUUGGAGAAGACUUCUACUUCAACUAGUUCAUACAAUCUAGUCCUUCAGAGAUUAGUUAUCACACUUUACAUUGUGACUCUAAAUCUUAAGGUGGGAGAUUGCUAUGAGGUCACAGAUUUCCUUCGGAUGCACCAUGUUUUUGAGGAUUUACAUUUGGGGUUCUCUCAAAAAAUUAUAUAUUGUUUGCAAAUGAGUUCUCAGACACUUAGCAACUUCAGGAUAGUAUUUGCUGAUGCGCUUGCAGCAAUUGGAAAUCGCAUGGUAGUUAUGACUUCAGGCAAAGUCCGGCCAAUCUUUCGAGACUUAAAUGCUGACAUAAUUAGCAGAGCAGAUUGGAAAGAUAUUGAGAAGGUACUUGGGCGGUUUUGUCCAGAAGAUUAUGUCAUAAAUAAUGAGGGUGCUCCCUUCUGGGAGAAGUUUGAGGAAUUUCGAGUCAACAAGCAUUCCCAAAAAGAUGCAUGGAUUAUUAUACAAUUCCUCAAAAGUACCCUUUUCUGGCUGGAGCGAAGAGGCCCACUAAAAAAGAUGGACCCACGGUUGGAGGAAGAUGUCAGGCAAAUCUGCAAUGAGGUUGAAGAGCGUUCUGCUAGGCUGGGGAAGUGGGCUUGUGUGACUGCCAAUGAUCUUUAUUCAAUAUGGGAAGAUGGUGAGAAGAAACUACAGAAGAUUAUGCGCUAUCUCCAUUCUGAAAAGGCAUCCAUGAAAAAAGAUUGCAUGAGGAAUGCAGCUUCAGCUGUUGCCCAGCAGCAUGCUGGCGGAGCUGAUGAGUUGAGUGGAUGUUCAUGCAAGGAAGCCGACGCGGGGGGAAAUGACGUGGUGGAAUCGGCCAAGGAAGAAGCAGGUGUGGCCCAGGCUUCAAAACAGAAGCAGAAAAGCAAGAAGAACCCCAAGAAAUCGAAGCGCCAUGGCAAGAAGUGAACCAGUAAUGCCUGUGCUGUAUUUUCUAUUUUGCAUAUGUUCACUCGUUUCGGCAGUUAGGACGGUUAUUAAAUCCCAAUCUACUUUGAACUGAAUCAAUGCAGUGUUUCCUAGA